CUAAAAGAUACCCACCACCCACCAUUUUUAAGUGAAUGUCACAAUCAUCUCUAUGGCGAAUAAAGUUCACUCAACCCACAUUUUGUUUUUCAAUCCCACAAUGUCCCAAACUUCAGAACCCAAACCCACUUCCUCUAGUAUCUUGAAGAAAAUACUAGUCGUGAUCUUCGUGGGGUUCUCAGCAUGGGCUUAUCAGGCAACUCGUCCUCCACCUCCCAGACCUCUGGGAUCACCAGAUGGACUUGCUAUCACUUCCCCAAGGAUUAAGCUUCGCGAUGGCCGACAUUUAGCCUAUGAAGAAUCUGGUGUUCCAAAAGAAACAGCCAAAUCUAAGAUAAUAUUUGUUCAUGGAUUCGGCGGUAGCAAGCACUAUCAUCCUUUUACCACCCUAGCCUCACCGGCGCUUGUUAAAGAACUCGGGGCAUACUUUGUUGCACUAGACCGACCUGGCUAUGGCGAGAGCGACCCGGACCCUAAGCGAACUGUGAAGAGCUUGGCGCUUGAUAUCGAGGAGCUCGCGGAUCAACUAAACCUUGGACCCAAGUUCUAUGUGGCUGGAUACUCUAUGGGUGGACAAGUCAUAUGGUCUUGUCUUAAGUAUAUCCCUCACAGGCUUGCGGGAGCGGUUCUUAUAUCUCCGGCGAUUAAUUUCUGGUGGCCAAACCUACCUUCAAACUUAACCAACGAAGUGUAUUCACAACAACUUAAACGAGAUCAAUGGGCUUUGCGGGUUGCUCACUACCUACCGUGGUUGACCUACUGGUGGAACACUCAAACAUGGUUUCCUAGCUUUGCUGUAAUCAGUGGGCAUCCUGCUACGUUAUCGCCAUCAGAUAAACAAGUUUUUACCAAGAUGUUUAAAGAAACUGAUCCACUUGAGUUACAAAAAAUGUGGACAUAUCCAAAACAACAAGGCGAAUUCGAGUCACUCCACCGAGACAUGAACAUUGUAUUCGGGAAGUGGGAAUUCGAUCCAAUGGAUCUUGAAAACCCAUUUCCAGAAAAAGACGGAGCGGUUCAUUUAUGGAAUGGGGAUGAGGAUCAGCUCGUGCCUGUGAUAUUGCAACGAUAUAUUGCCGCACAACUCAAAUGGGUCAAAUAUCAUGAGGUCCCCGGCGCGGGACACGCCGUGCCUCAUGCUGAUGGGGUGACUGAUGAUAUUCUUAAAACACUUCUUGAGGAUCAGAAUUAACCUUAAAGCUUUAUGGUUAGUUAAUAAAUUUGGUCUUUACUUGUUGCUAGAAUGGUAUGGACAUUAUUACAUAUAUGAAAAAUGGAUGUUAUUAUAGUAGAGCCUAUCAUAUUCUGAUUCUGGUGUAGUUAAAGGAUGUGGCUUUUUGACACAACACGAAUGAGUUAUUUGGGUUAGUAAACAUAGUUUGAUGCUA